UCGAGUCGCUCUCGCGAAAGGGACCCCCGCUCUGCCCCUCCUCCGCGUGGCGAAAUUCUCUCCUAUAGUCUACGACCGUGCGCUGCAGCUGCCGCCCCGCCGUGCCUCAGCGUCGCCGCCGACGCCUCAAUCCCCGCCGUACCUCGCCGUCCCCGUCCUCCCUCGCCGGGACGUCGCGUCCCCGCCGUGUCCACCCCGUCCCAGGCGAUUGGGUUUUGAGCCUAGGCACUGGGAUCUUCUUUGAAGUAAUUGAAGCUAUCCUAAUUGACAAACUAAAUUCAGUGGAUUAUACUGAGAAUCGAUAUUCUGCUCAGCUGUAUUUUCACCGAAACACAACCAUUUUGUAGUCCCUUGUCAAAAAAUAUGGGGAUUGAGAUAUGGUUACCCAUGAUGAGUAUGCGCUUGCUCCUGUGUGAUUAGAGCUAAUCCGGAAAUCUAUAAAUCCAAGCUAUUGAUGGAGCAUGCUAACUGCGAUGCGCACGAGCAUGUUAUAAAUGUAGCACAUGGGGAAACCGCAUCAACAUCAACCAGUCAUCAAGAUCUGCACAGUGAUACGGAUGAACCACAUCAGGAAGAUCGGCCUUCAACAAGCACGAGGACGCCAUCGCCACAAUCUUCAGCAUCAACAUCACCAACUGCUUACAGCUCCAGAAAUUUAUCAUUUCCUAGAAGAGAUAGUUUCUAUGGUCGUGGAACAAGUCUUUGGAAUUCUGGUUUAUGGAUCUCGUUUGAAUUUGUCAUGUAUGUAGCACAGAUUACAGCUGCUAUUGUCAUCCUCAUCUUGUCAAGACAUGAACUUCCCCAUGCCCCUUUAGUUGCAUGGAUAAUUGGUUAUACAGUUGGCUGCACUGCAAGUCUUCCUCUUGUAUAUUGGCGCUAUGUCCAUCGAAACAGACCUUCGGAGGAAGAACCUGAACAGCCACCUACAACUUAUCCUACUUUGACUUCAUCUUCAUCAGAAGGACGCAAUCAGCGUACCAGUGGUUCUGUCUUGCAUCUUGGGUGCAUCACAAUUGCUUGUCCAAGGCCUAGCAUACUGGCUUAUCAUUCCAAGACAGCCGUAGACUGUUUCUUUGCUAUAUGGUUUGUUGUUGGCAAUGUGUGGAUUUUUGGUGGGCGUGGCACUUCAUCAGAUGCUCAGGACGCUCCAAAUAUGUAUAGGCUAUGUUUAGCGUUCCUUGCACUUAGUUGUGUUGGGUAUGCCAUUCCAUUCAUCAUGUGUGCAGCGAUAUGCUGCUGCUUUCCAUGCUUAAUUUCCGUUUUGCGCCUUCAAGAGGAUUUGGGUCAAAGCAGAGGAGCUACUCAAGAGCUAAUCGAUGCAUUGCCAACCUACAAAUUUAAACCAAAACGAAGCAAAAACUGGGUUCUUGAUCAUGCUUCGAGCUCAGAGAAUCUUAGCGAGGGCGGCAUCCUGGGCCCAGGAACUAAAAAGGAAAGGAUUGUUUCGGCUGAAGAUGCUGUGUGCUGCAUCUGCCUUACUAAGUACGGAGAUGACGAUGAGCUUCGCGAGCUUCCUUGCAACCAUUUGUUUCAUGUGCAAUGUGUCGAUAAAUGGCUCAAGAUAAAUGCAGUAUGCCCACUCUGCAAGACAGAGAUUGGAGGCGUGGUUCGAUCAUUCUUUGGAUUGCCCUUUGGCCGCCGCCGUGUUGAUAGGAUGGCAGGAAGAGGUGUAGCUAGCUCAAGAUUUAGUGUAUAGAACACGUCCUUUUGCUCCGAUAUAUGCUUGCUAUGUUGUUUGUUGUAUGCCUAGUGUUGCUCAUGGGAUUCAGUGUGCUGAUUCUCAAGGAAAGAGGUAAACUGCUUUCUGUCGGACUGUUAGGCUUGUUUCACCAAACGGAGGACAGCAAGUGGAGACCGGAUGCUUGUAAUGGCAUGUUUGUGGUACAGUGGAGGUGAUGUUAUAUUCGGAUUUAUCAUUUGACGUCAAGCUUGUAAAUAAAGAGAUGAAGUUCACUUCUGAGCGUAGGGAAGGAUGAUAUAUUUCGUCGAAGGAAGAAUGAUAUAACUUAGAGGGCA